CAAAAGGCUCUGCCUAGACGUAUAAUUUAUCGAAGGCAUUUUCAAUAAACCAUAAAAAUAUAUGUAGUAAAGUUAUUACUUUAGAUGUGGCGAUUGAAGCAAACGUAGUUCGAAAAUGUUGUGCAAUGUUCAAACUAGCAACCGUAUGGAAUUUUAUUUCAAUAUUUAAUGUAUGCAGUGGUCAAGUAUCUACCCAUCCAUUUGGGUUAGAAGACUAUAACGUGGCUACAAUAGGUGCCUUUGGAGACGCCGAGCAUAGAGGAGUUCGGUGGUACGAUGAUAAACACUCAUCAAACGAAAAAGCGAGUAAUUUGAAGUCUAGCGCUACGUUAGAUAGCAGUUCUAUUUCGAGUGGAUCCUAUGUAUCUUCCAGUUUAUCGUCCGAAGCGUCUUCUAUUGAAAGUAGCGAGAAAAAAUUAAUGACGAAGGCGUAUCGUCAAUGCACCCCAUGCCCUCAUGACAUGCUGAAGAGUUACAAUAAUCUGGGAGUUAAGUGGAUAUGUGGAGCCUAUCAGCGUGCCAGGAGAUCCUUCAAGAGCGAAUGCAUGAUGAGAUACAGAAACUGCCAGGAUGGAACUAUGUUUGUUAAGGUGUCAGAGAGAAGAUGUGCCAACAACAGUUACCACGGAAGACACUGGUUCUACAUCUAUAAAGUUUAAUUAAAAUAAUGUUUUUAUGACAAUAUGUUGUUUGAGAAAGAAUAAAACUAAUGGACAUCACUGUU